GUGGGCUCCUACGGGGGACGCCUUCGCUACACCCUUUCCUACACGGCCGGAGGGAGAGGCACCCCGCUGCCCGACGCGGAUGUGCAGAUUACCGGCAACGACAUCACGCUGGUGGCUUACCUGUCCGAGCUGCGGCCUCACGAGCACAAGGGUUUCGAGGUGGUCUUCCGGGAGCAAUUCUGGAAGCGGCCCGAUGGGCAGCCCGCCACGCGGGAGCACCUGCUGAUGGCCCUGGCCGACCUGGACGAGGUCCUCAUCCGCGCCACCCACUCCACGGACAUGCUUUCAGCAGGCAUCACUGGCGUCAGUAUGGAGACGGCGGUGCCCAACUACACCAGCCUGCCCCGGGCUCUGGAAGUGGAGGAAUGCCGCUGCCCGCCCGCGUACCAGGGCCUUUCUUGCCAGGACUGCGCGGCCGGCUACACCCGGACCGGCGGAGGGCUGUACCUGGGCCACUGCACGCUGUGUGAAUGCAACGGGCACUCGGAAUCCUGCCAUCCUGAGACUGGCACUUGCUCGGUGAGAACACUUCUGG